AUGUCGGACGAAAAGAUUUCAAUGACGCUUAACUUCCCGAAACACAAGCGGGCUCGAAGAAAGAAAUAUCAGAAGGAGUAUCAGGAACGUCACAAGGAAGAAAUGAUGCAGCAAUUAGGAAGAAGAUUUCAAAAUCAACCAUCAACUUCAAGUGCCCCACCUGAUACUGUUGAAAAAAUUCCAUUGCCUACUGAAUCAACGUCAGCAUUGCCAUUUGGAGAUUCUCCAAGAUUAACAGAAAAAGAUUAUGAGACGAAUUAUAUGAUAGAUCCUCCAGUUGUUUCUACACAUUCGGCAGAGCUUAUAAAAUCGAAUAGAGUUGUUAUAAAAGCAGAAGAAGCUGAAAAAUAUAUGAUGAUCAAAGCUAAAUCAACAACAAGUAAAAUACUUCAAGAUUUUCAAACUAAAAUUCUGGAAACUGUUAAAACAAAACGUCGACUUCAAGCUGAUGUUCCUUAUAUAAUUCAUCCAUGUCAUUCAAUGAAAGGCCGGAAAACGCCAAAACAGAAAGGAGGAGACGAAAGUUUUACGGCAUCUGAUGUGUCUGAUGACUCGAACGAUUCUCAGGAUGAAGCUUCUACUUCAGAGCCAACAAACAGACAAGCUCCUGAAGCGGACAAGACCGGAGAAGUAAAAGAUGAGAAACAGACAUGUAAUCGGAGGAAUCAACAGAGAAAAGCGAAAAGAUUGCGGAAUUUCGAAGAAAAGGAACGGCAAAUCACACUUUUGAAAAAAGGAAUUGAUCGAAAGAAGACUCAUCCAAAUGGAAUUCAUCCGGAUAUCUCAUUCAAUGAAAAAGGUUUGGGAAACGAAGGACCAGAGUGUAGAUGUCCAGAACCAAUAAAAACUUGUGGCCUGAAACAUGGAUAUUAUGCAGGUGAAGAUAAGGCUAUAGAUUGCAAGAAAAGCAAUGGCGAAAACCUGCAUUAUUACACCCUUCGAGUCACACCUUUGCCAAGCGAAAAUCAACUUUAUAGAACACAUAUGGCAAUAAAUGGAGAGGAAUUUGAAUUUGAAGGAUUCUCAUUAAUCACACAUGCACCACUUCCGGAUUGUAUGACAAGAGCACCAAUUUGUAAAUAUAGUAUGGAUUAUGAAUUUCAGUUGGUUGAAGAAUUUAUGCCUGAUGAGUGUUUCGACCCAGAAGAUUGUGACAUGCUGUUUGAGUAUAUAUUUCAUGAAAUAUUUGAAAUGCUCGAUUUUGAACUACGUCCGAAGCAUAUACCAUCUGAUGUUGAAUCUUGUCCAAUGAUCCAUAUUAUGCCGCGUUUUGUUCAAACAAAGGAUGAUCUUGUUCAACUUUGGUCUUCAAAAACAGUUCUUGCAUAUUUCACGAGCAAAGGAAGUUCAGAGAUAAUGAGCCCAGAAGAUGUUAACCGCCUUUGUGAUGCUCAAAUUGAUCAGUUCACUCGAAAUACUUCGAAGCAUAAGCAAUCGAUUGUUCUCAAUACAAAAUUCAAACCUUCUGCUAUCAGAGCCGAUUGGUUUGAGAGAGAUGAAGAAAAGAAAGAAGUAUAUGUUGUACAUAAUGCGAUCCGUGCACAGACAUAUACAGCAAUUUCGCUUCCAAGAAUCGCAUUUCUCGAGAAAACAUUAAAUAAGAUGAUACAAGAGAAACAAAGCAGUGGUGUUUAUAAUAAAGAUUUUGAGAAAACGAAGAACGAGCUGGAACAUCUGAAAAGAGAGAAUCGAUCAGCUCGAAAUCUGAAGCUUCGGGAGCCAGUAGCUGGAUUCAUUGAAACAGGAUUGAAGCCUGAUGUGGCAGCACAUGUUGUCAUGACAAUACUUGCAUGCCAUCAUAUUCGAUACAAUUUUUCAUUGGAUGUAUUUGAAGAAGUCAUCGAAUAUAAAUUCAACGAUAGAAGAGUCAUCGAAUUAGCGUUAAUGCAUUCGUCGUUUAAAAGUCAUUAUGGUACUCCAAUUGAUCACGUCAAGAAUAUGAUUACAAAUUGUGGAUAUCGUCGAAAAUACGGAGCAGAAGAUAAGCGAGAAAAGAAACGAGUUGCAGGAAUAAUGAGUCUGUUCAAUAUCAUGAAAGGAACAUCUGGUGGCGAGCCGAUUCUUCACAAUGAACGUCUUGAAUAUCUCGGAGAUGCUGUUGUCGAACUGAUCGUGUCACAUCAUCUUUAUUUCAUGCUCACACAUCAUUUCGAAGGAGGGCUGGCUACUUAUAGAACUGCUCUUGUUCAAAAUCGAAAUCUGGCUACACUUGCAAAGAAUUGUCGUAUCGAUGAAAUGCUCCAAUAUUCUCAUGGAGCAGAUCUGAUAAACGUCGCUGAAUUCAAGCAUGCACUGGCUAAUGCUUUUGAAGCUGUGAUGGCUGCAAUAUAUCUCGAUGGAGGAUUAGCUCCCUGUGAUGUGAUAUUCUCAAAAGCAAUGUAUGGACAUCAGCCGGUGUUAAAAGAGAAAUGGGAUCACAUUAAUGAGCAUGAACUUAAAAGAGAGGAUCCUCAAGGAGACCGAGAUCUUUCUUUUAUAACUCCAACACUUUCAACUUUUCAUGCUUUGGAAGAACGACUCGGAAUUCAAUUCAACAAUAUCCGACUUUUGGCAAAGGCAUUCACUCGUAGAAAUAUUCCAAAUAAUGAUUUAACAAAGGGACAUAAUCAACGACUUGAAUGGCUUGGUGACUCGGUGCUUCAACUUAUUGUAUCCGAUUUUCUUUAUCGUCGCUUUCCAUAUCAUCACGAAGGACAUAUGUCACUGCUACGAACAAGUUUAGUCAGUAAUCAAACACAAGCUGUCGUCUGUGAUGAUCUUGGAUUCACUGAAUUUGUGAUAAAAGCACCUUAUAAAACACCAGAGUUGAAACUAAAGGAUAAAGCAGAUCUUGUCGAAGCAUUUAUUGGAGCUCUUUAUGUAGAUCGUGGAAUCGAGCAUUGUCGUGCUUUCAUCAGAAUUGUAUUUUGUCCAAGACUGAAACACUUUAUCGAAAGCGAGAAAUGGAAUGAUGCUAAGUCACAUCUCCAGCAAUGGUGUCUUGCAAUGCGUGAUCCAAGUAGUUCGGAACCAGAUAUGCCAGAAUAUCGGGUACUUGGAAUCGAAGGACCAACCAAUAAUCGAAUUUUCAAAAUUGCUGUAUAUUAUAAGGGUAAACGUUUGGCAUCCGCUGCUGAGUCGAACGUUCAUAAAGCUGAAUUACGGGUGGCUGAGCUGGCUUUGGCUAAUCUAGAGUCGAUGAGCUUUUCGAAGAUGAAAGCGAAAAAUAAUAGUUGGUUUCAGAACAUGCGCCGUCGUCUUGAACAAGAUACCAGCGACUAAUUACGGGGUUAUAAUUAUACUAUGUCUGUUUGAAUGUGAUUCGGUUCAAUUUAUGAAUAUCAUAUCUUUAUUUUAAGUAUGUUUUUUUUUGUUUCGAAUUGAAUUUGAAAGUUUGAAUUGCUGCAAUAAAUUACAAUUUCUCUCC